AGUGACAUCUUUUUAUGAAACUGGAACUUUUCAUAGAUAAUCUGUAAAACGUGACUUUUUUAUAUUGAUUAAUUUUAGUUGAAGAUCAUUGGCAAAGAGUAACAAAAAAUUUAGCUUCUGUAUUGUUGUUUGUUACCUGAAAAACAUAGAUUUUUGUUGAAAUUUCUGGAUUAUAUUCUAGCUUAUAUGUCAUAAUAAGUGUCUGAAGAAGACAUAUGAUUACCUCACUGUGCUCUACAUAGAGAGACGGCAUCAAAUCUCUGCAGCAUGAUUAUAAGACAAAUGUGUGGAGAAGUCUGCUGAUAAAAAACGAACACCACAAGUUAGCUGCAUGCAAAGUUUGCUGCUAAUACAUAAAGUAUGGAAGGUACGAAAGAUUUGCCGGACAUUGACCCAGGGGCCGAGCAGGGAGAAGCUGGUCCCAAUGUUCACAUGCUCCUUAAAAUUGUAAUUCUUGGAGUAAUUGGCUUUGUCAGUAUCAUCGGAAAUGGAAUCGCUUUGGGCACGUUGAUCAUCUACAACAAGCAGUUGCGUGUAACGAUCUACAUUGUUAUUGGAGGAUUGGCGCUCGCAGAUAUUGUCGUGGCAGUGAUGAAUGUUCCAAACCAGAUUAUGUAUCAGGCUGAGAAGGGUGAAUUGAAAUCAGAGACAUGGUGCAAGUUUUAUGGCGUUCUCUACAAUUCCUGCCAAUAUAUUGCAGCAUUUCACUUAGUGGUCUUAGGAGUUCUCAGGGGGAUUUUGUUGACUGACAGGGCUCAUCAUGGGCCUACCGCUAUUCAUGCCCUAAUCACUUGCGCCAUCUUGUGGGUGGCGUCAUUACUCGCUAAUAUUCCGAUGAUUUCAUCAUCCAUUCAUGAUCCAUAUACCAAACGUUGUGUUGUUAAAUUCAGUAAUAAAGACAAAGACACAGUCUCAUUACAGAACGAAGAUUCGAGCGCUGAGGAGCGUUAUCUCAUUUUAUCUGCAGCAUUCUCAUAUUUUAUGCCUUUAGUUCUUAUUUUUAUUAUAUACAUGUUCACUGGUUAUAUGAGCAAGAGAUUUUUUGAAGACAGUUAUUCUCGGCGGGAAAGACGCAUGUCAAAAAUGAUUUCUAGUUUAAUCGUGACUUUUGCUUUGUGUCGUCUGCCAUCAGAGACAAUCACACUACUCUGGUUUUACCAGAUGAAAAAUACAGAUAUGGUUCAAGUAUUAUACAACGAUACAGACAAAUACAAAGUAUGGAUAAAUGUGCGAGAAUAUCUUCAAAUACUCUCGAUGUUUGACAUGGCAAUACGCCCAAUAAUCUACGCUACAAUGUCACGAGAAUUUGGACUUGUGUAUGAUAAAGUAAUAAACUGUACAUACUGUAAAGAUGAUGAAGAAGAGGAAUUGCCACCACGAUUACGUCGCCGUGGUAACGAGAUUGAGGAAGUUUUACAUACACCUCUACGACAGAAUCCUGAACUUGAAGUACAGGAUUGUCCAGACAACGAACCAGAAGAAAUUUUCUGACGAAUUUAGUUUUCUUUGUUUUUAGCUUGACUAUUCGAAGAAUAGUCUAGCUAUUCUACUGAAGCUGGCGACGGCGUCGGCAUCACACCUUGCUUAAAGUUUUGCAUACAAGUACAUACAGCUAUCAUUUAAAGGCAUAUAGCUUUGAAACUUAGUAUUUCUUUUUCUAGGUCAAUUACCAACCUCACUGGGUCAAGUUACAUAACUCUAACAUGUAUUUGGAGCAAAUUAUGCCCCCUCUUGGACUAAGAAAAUACUGGUUAAAGUCUUACAUGCAAGUUACUAUCUCCAAAACUAAUGCAGAUACUGAAUUGAAACUUCACAUGUGUCUUCAGGGUUAUAAAACUAGUUGAUAGCAUCAAGUCCCAUAACUCUGACCUGCAUUUUGGCCAAAUUAUGCACCCUUUUGGACUAAGAAAAUCCUGGUUAAAGUUUUGUGUGCAAGUACAUACAGCUAUUACUUAAAGGCAUAUAUAUUUGAAACUUAUUUUUUAUUUUUCCAGAUCAAUUGCCAACCUCACUGGAUCAAGUCCCUUAACUCUGACAUGUAUUUUGGGCAAAUUAUGCCCCCUUUUUGGACU